AUGGUAUUGGUGAGUGCUGCUGUGGUGGUGCGUUCUGCUGUGCUGGUGAGUGCAGCUUUGUUGGCGAGUGCAGCUCUGUUGGUGAGUGCAGUUGUGUUGGUGAGUGCUGCUGUGUUGGUGGGUGCUGCUGUGUUGGUGGGUGCUGCUGUGUUGGUAGGUGCUGCUGUGUUGGUGGGUGCUGCUGUGUUGGUGGGUGCUGCUAUGUUGGUGGGUGCUGCUGUGUUGGUGAGUGCUGCUAUGUUGGUGGGUGCUGCUGUGUUGGUGGGUGCUGUUGUGUUCUCUCAAACCUACCUACCCACCCGUUUGCAUAUUCAUCCCCCCCUGACUUUCUUCCAUACCCCCCCCGUCAGUCCCAUCCAUUCCCUCGUAGAGUGUGAGUCUCUCCUCGACCUUUCCCCUUUGCGUCCUUUCAUCCCCCCCCCCCCUCCCCCCUUUGCGAAUCUACCUCAUGACCCCUCAUCUACCUCAUGA